AUGACAAGUAAACAAUUAAAUAUAAAGCAAGAAAUUGGUAAAGUGAUAAAAAGAUUUAAAUUUGAAGAAUUGGAGUCAGCUGUGUUACCAGUAUUUCCUGAAUUUAAAUGGGAUAAAAUAAAAUCUAAACUUGUAGAAAAUCAUGAAAGUUUUACAACAGGACAUGCAAUUCAGAUUAUAGAUAUCUUUAUAAGUAAGGCAAAUUUAGUCAACAAUGUCUUGAAAGAUCGUAUGACCACUCUACAAGUAAUAGAUGUGAGUAGACAUUACAAUAGAAAAGUUUGGUAUGGUUAUGAAUUUCUCGGUAAUAACGAUUCUAAUUCUAUAACACUUAAAGAAAUUGAAAAUAAAAUAAAAUAUAACUUAAAAGCACAUAAGAUUCACGUAAAUGCACAAGCUGUAGAAUACAAUGGUCUGACAUUUUUGGCUAUUAAAGAAGAAUCCAGAAGAAAGAAAAUAAUAACUCUACCAACAUAUUUCUCUUUCUUAAUAAAUGAAAACUACUUUUUCUGUUCUAAGAAAGGAGUUUCAAAUGAAUUCCUAAUGGCAGUAACAGAGUCUUUAGGUUAUCAGAAUUGUAAAAAAAUUAAGUUAAUGGGCAAAGAUAUUCAUUCAUUAAUAAAAAUGUUAUUGUCCAGAAAAGCUGCGACAAUGGAAGGUAGAUUGUUGUGUCAACCAUUACCAUUCAAACGAGUUCCUCCAGCAUUAACAACACUUGGUCUAGACUUUACUCGUCACAAACAACGAAAAGAAUAUGCUAUAGAAUGCUAUAAGAAUAGUGCACCAAUUUUUGAAUUUUUAAAAGUUAAAAGUUUACAUGAAAAAUGGAAACAUAAAGAUGCUGUAGAAAAAUUACCAAAUGAAAGUAUUUUUAUUGCGAUAGAAUUUCGAAGUUCAGAUAUCAUACAAUUUCUAAAACAUUUAAUAACUCAAGGCAUUCUUACAUUACCUCUCCCUUGUUAUGCUGCAAACAUACUUACAUUAGGAAGAAAUGAUGUAAUGCUAAAAGAUAAUUCACAAUGACUAAAAAGCUAAAUUUUGUUACAGAUUGAACAAAUUUAUUGUAGUGUCAAUUAAUUUAUAAUUAAUGUUACUAGAAUAUGUAAUUUUAGUAUA